AUGCGAUUAGCCGUGAAAGUUGUAUACGAGCACCGGUCAAGAUUAGAAAAGUCAUUACAAAAGGAAAGGCUUGAACAUAAGAAAGCGAAAGAAGAUUUUCUUGUUUAUAAACUAGAAGCACAGGAAACACUAAAUAAAGGAAGGCAAGACUCAAAUAGCCGGUACAGCGCACUGAGUGUACAACACCAGAUGUUGAAGAGUCAACAUGAAGAACUAAAGAAACAGCAUGCUGACCUUGAGGAAGAUCACCGAAAACAAGGAGAAGAGUUUAGCAGAACAUUCAGUGAUCACAAGGAGCGAUACUUACAACUGCAGCAGGAAAAAGAGCAGGAGAUCUCUAAGCUGAAGGAAUCCUUGUAUAACUUACGGGAGGAGAACAGACAGUUGAGAAAAGCUCACCAAGACAUUCACACCCAGCUACAAGAUGUCAAGCAACAGCAUAAGAACUUACUCUCCCAACACAACCAGCUUGUAGUGACAUUGGAAGACCACAAGAGUGCGCUAGCUGCUGCACAGUCCCAGGUGGAGGAAUACAAACAGUUGAAGGACACACUCAACAAAAUGCCAAGUUUCCGACAGCCUGAGAAGUUAGAACGACCAAAUGAGCAACCAGAGGUGCGAGCACCAUCUCCUCGCAGUGACCUCCCAGUGCACCGUGAAGCUGAGGCUGAAGAGCCUAAGGAGAAUGAGAAACCAAAAGAGAGAGAAGAAAUAAAUACCCAGGAAAAAGAAGACAGAGCUGAGCCUUUUCAUCUGCAAAGAAGGGCUAAUGAGGGCCAGCAUGCCAAAGAACUAAAUAUUCAGGAGCAACAAGAAGCUGGAGAGGAUGACGAGCAACGUGUUGAUCAAGUUGAAGAGGAACGCAAGAAAGAACUUGAAGAGGAAGAAAUGGAGCAGGCAGGUCAGCCUGAGCACUUAGAGGAGGAACAGGAUCAAGUACCAGAAGAGCACGAAUGGAAAAAACAGGAACAGAAAGAAGAAGAAACCAACAUGUUGGGCGAUCACCUUCAUUCAGAGAUAACAUCAACAAAAGCUGUAACAAAAAGACAUAAGCCAGCUUAUGAACAACAACUAGAGCAGCAACAUCUUGCAGCCCAAAGAGCAGAGGAAGCCAAUCAGCUACGCGAACAUCAGGAAUCACUACACCAGCAAAGACUGCGAGGACAGCUAUUGCGGCAGCAACAGCUUCAAGAAAAAGAGAUUCAGCUGCAGAAACAGGCAGAACAAGGAGAAAAACUCUAUAAAAACCGGCUAAGCCAACAGGCUCAUUAUGAUAACGUGGACCAUGAUAUUGUACAAGGACAAGAAGAGCAAGGUAUUCAGGAAGAGGAAGGAGCUUACGAACAUGACAACCACCACCAGGAUGAAGGUGAAGAUGAUGAUCAAAAUAAUGCAAAUGAACAGCAAGAACCAGAACAUCAAGUAGAAAAUCAGCAGGCUGAUGAAUCGAAGGCGGCCAUGGAAGAUAUGAAUCCUGCUGAUGACCCCAACAAUCAGGGAGAAGAUGAGUUUGAGGAAGCUGAGCAGGAGAGAGAAGAGAAUCUACCAGAUGAAAAUGAAAAGCACAAGCAAACCAGUCAGAAGGAAGGCCAUCCAGGAAUGGAAGAGCACCUAGUGGUGGCAGGAAAUCCUGACCAGCAGGAAGAUAACGUGGAUGAACAAUACCAGGAGGAGGGAGAAGAGGAGAUCCAGGAAGAUUUGACUGAAGAGAAGAAACGAGGACUGGAACGCAAUGCUGAAGAGCCAUAUGGUGAAAAUGAAGAAAAUGCAGAUGAAAAGAAUAACAGAGGGGCAGAUCAAGAGCAAGAAAUGCAAGACGAGAACAACCAGAAAGAUGUUCAUGAAGAAAAUUAUGAGGAGGAAGAGGAGGAGGAAGGCAGAGCUGUUGCAGCAAAAACUCGUAGACGAGGGGAGAUGUAG